AUGGCUGUCACUUGGCAGUAUGAUUACAGCAUCAGUAGUUCGCGAAUUACUCUUCUGAUUGCAAUGGGAACUUGUCCGCAACCAAUAUGCUACAAACACAUGGACCGCCUAACCCACCGCUCACCAGCACCCAUCCGACCGAACCACCACGGAGUAACACGCCAUUGCAUACCUCAUAUUCAUCUGCUUCAACAAUGGAUCCCAUUAACUCUUUCGCACAAUGGCAAAUCGGGCAACAAAAUGCCAACAAGCUUUGGAUUUCAUCUAAUUAAGUCUGUUGUUGUAUUUGACAACACUCAUAGUGGCUUAAAGCAUCUCUAG